CUUCGCGUCAAAGGGGAAGUGUCCUAGUCAACAGCUGAAACAUGAACAGUUCUAUGAGCCAUCGCUUGGUCAAAACUUGUUACAGUCGGAAUAUUUACGAAUGAAUUCAAACGAAGAUGUCAUCCGCUUUAUUGUUAGACUUCGAAAAUCAACAGCAAAAUCCAGUGAUGGAUAGUGAGGCAGGCAUCAUCUCCAUCGACCAGGGAGGAGAGUGGGACAUAAGCCUGUUCGAUGAGCUGGACAGCCUGGGAGAUGCAGAUGAGCUGCUUGAGGCUCUGGAGAAUGCCGGCUACGCCAAUGAAGGUCCAGAUAUGGACUUUGAUAUCAACAUACCUCUAUGGGAUGAAGUGGACACAAGCAGCAUCUGCACAGAUGGUGAGGUGAGCGUGGACUCUCUGUCACCUGCCCACACUCUGAGCUCUGUCCCCUCUCCUUCCUCUGUGGAAGCUCUGUCCCCUUACUCCUUACAAGAUGAGGCCCUGUCGCCACAGUCUCAGCCCUCUCCCAUUUCUAUCUGCUCAGAGUCCAGUGGCUUUUCUAAAAUCUCUCCUCCAGCUAAGACAGCUCCAAAGAGGACCAGCCAGACCACACGAGCCAAACCAGCUCAGCCAAUCAAGAGGCCGAUUCAGAUCGGCCCGAAAGUUUCCAUCCAGCCCAAACCGCUGAUUACAGCUGUGCAGUUGGCUCCUGCAGCAGCUCCCCUGCAGGCCAAGACAAUCAUCAUCCAGCCCCUGCAGAACACUGUGCUGCCUGUGGUCAAACCAGCUCCGGUCAGCAUCCAACCAGCGCCCCCUCCAGGUCGUCCUAUAGUGCUGUCUCAGACAAACCAGGUGCUACAGAUGCAGACCCCACAUGUUGUCACCAGCAACGUGGUCGCCAUGCAAACACUCAGCCAGGACAGACCUGUUCCCGUCCCUGUCGCUGCCCCACCAGUGGUCUCCGUCACACUUCGAAGCCCUUCCUCAGAUGAUGAUUCGAAGUUGUCGCAGAGGCAGCAGCGCAUGAUAAAGAACCGUGAGUCAGCAUCCCUGUCUCGGAAAAAGAAGAAAGAGUAUCUGCUCUCGCUGGAGGCUCGCCUGAAAGUGGCGUUGUCUGAGAAUGAGGUGCUCAAGUGUGAGAAUGGCAACCUCAAGAGACAGCUGGAGGGUCUGCUGAGUGAGAACACAGUACUGAAGGCGACAGCACCCAAGAGGAGAGCUGUGUGCCUCAUGGUGGUUUUGGUGUUCCUCGUGCUUAAUGUUGGACCGAUGAGCUUGUUUCAAGGUGGCCCGGGGUCCAAGCUUGAGGUUGUUUCCAUGCAGCACAGCGGCAGACACCUGCUGGGUUUCUCUCCAGAGGCAGAAACUAACUUUGUGAUGGGGCCUGAGCACCCCGGCAGCGGCCCCUCUGAGAUGGCCGACAGCUCUGAGGACAAGGCCCUGAUGGUGGUGAAGGAUCCAGUCUUCCUCAGACCUCCUCCCCCCUGCCAGCCUCUUGUUAACAGGACCAAGUGCAUAGAGUUGGCCCAUGAGUUGAGAGGCUGGGUUCACCGUCAUGAAGUGCAGCAGACCAAAUCCCGGCGCAUGAGUAACAGCAAUCACAAACCCGCCAGGACCAUUCUGAAAACAGAGAAUAAGGAGUCAGCCCAGAUUUUGACCGUCCAAUACACAGAAACUGCUGAGGAAAAGAAUCCUGGCAGUGAGCUGCAGGUGUACUACGCACCUCAUCACACCUACAGUGACUUCUUUGAUGAGCUCAACCGGCGUGGCGACACUUUCUACGUGGUGUCUUUCCGCAGGGAUCAUCUUUUGCUUCCUGCCACCAACCACAAUAAAGGAAGCCGACCCAAGAUGUCUUUAGUGUUGCCAGCCAUGAACAUAAACGACAGCAUCAUCAGGGACAAAGAGUUUGAGGUGAUGAUGCAGAUCGACUGUGAAGUAACAGACACCAGGAUCCUCCACAUCAGGUCCUCUACCAUCCCACCUUUGCUCCGGGUCAACCGCACGGACACGUUUUACCAGCACUCCCCGACCAACAACCAGGCCUCGCCUCCCAUCGGUGUGCUAAUGGGCUCUGCCUAAGUUCAUCAUCAGCACUUGAGUUAUUUAUAACUCCUCAGCAAAACUCACAAAGACAAACACAAGAUACAACCUCAGUUUGUGCUUUUUUUUUUUUUUUUUGGCUGAUGAAUUAUAUUGUAAAGCUGGUGUUCUCCCACUGACUUAAUGUUUGUGAUUUAGAUGUGAAGGAAUGUGCUCUGCUGAAAUCCCUAACCAUUAGCAUACAAAGGAACCUCAAAGGUUGUCGGCACCGCUCAGUCACAUUCUUUAUUGGGAAUGAUAUCCGGAGGCUGUCUGUAAUAGGGUCCAAGGAGACGCUCGCUCCUUGUGUGGCAAAACCGACUUCUCCCCGUGACCCCAGACGCCCUACAUAAGGGUAAUUGCUUAGCAGCAGGGAGCAGAGCAUUGAACCCUGAGUCACCCCGUCAUAACACAAAUACCCCAUAGCAGCUCUUCUCAAGUGUGCUCUUUUUUUUUUUUAUUGUUUUCUUAAUUUCAGAACAGAGCCGAAGAUUUACUUACUUCAAACCUUAAUUAAAAACAGAUAAAUAUAUUUGUGAUAUCAAUAUUUAGAAGCAGAAAAAAUUCAGUGUUUGUAUCUUAGCUAGAAAUUGGAGUGCUGUAACUGUCUCUCUCACUCAGUUUUAGUCUUUUUGACUCUUCUAAAUAAAGCAAAAUUUAUUUUAUAGUAAGAAAUGCCAUAUUAAUUACUCAUGGCACCAGAGGCAUUCAGCAAACUCAGGAAGUCAGGUGAUCUGUGAAAGCUGACAGGCUAACCACUAUGUUGUUGGUUGGUUUCCAUUAUGUGCUCUGUUUUUAGCGUUUUAUCGAAGAAGAAUUUCAGUCCUCAGUUUUUGGUUCUUUGCACUGUGCUUCACUUAUAUUAAUGAACAGAUUCAGAUACUGUACAUAUUUAUUUCUAUUAUUAUCUAACAGUAAAGGCAACUUCUGUGGUGUGAUGCAGUUUGCUCAUUUCUGCUGUUAAAAAUUUCUUCUAUCAGGAAUUACCGAUUUUCUUCAUCUGUCUGAUUAUACUUUGUGGAAAUUUUUUAUUCCGAGUGAUCACAGAAAACAAAAAGAGAUAUUGUCUAUAAAAUAUGAAAGAGUAGAAAGGAGAGAUACAGUAAAUGUAGAUACUGGGAGAGUUAUUUAGUGUCAGUUCACUGGGUGAACAUGCAGCAAUGUUAUCCUGGAAAAAGUCAUCAUCAUCAAAUUUGAAAUCGCCACUAAGAAAAAUUUAAAAAGCCACUGUUUGCCAAAAAUAACCACUGCUGAGAAACAUAGUUUAAGUCCUGACUUCUCCGUCCACGGGCUGAAUUGCACUUUUAUUUUGUGCACUUAAGCCUGUUUUGAAAUUGCAACCUACUGAAAAUUCUUAUUUUAAACACAGUUUGGAGAUAGAUGUGUUAGGAUAGAUUAGUACUAAUUUGAUGUAAACAUUUGCACUAUAAAUGCAGAACCUGGGAAGUUCAGUUCAGUUCUGGCUUAAAAUGCCUUAUUUUGAUUUGUCUACAACUUUGUUUCGACUACGUGUAAUUUGGGGUAAAAUUGAUAUUAAUUAUGAAAUUAUACAUCAUCAGAAUUAGUCACCUUUUCUUAUUCCUGGCUUGUUUGUGUAUGUGUUGAUAAAACAACAUACCAUACUGCUGUGGCUGAAAGUGCAUUUCUUUUAGCUACGAUUGUACAGAUGGUUAUGUUUUAGCUCAACAGAUGCUCAUAAAAAUUGUUCAGAAAAAAAAAACGCCUUUUGCUUGUGAUGUUGUAAAACAGACCUUCUGUGUGUGUAAUUUUUUUCCACUUUUGGUUUCAGAAUUAUAUUUGAUUCACCACAUUCUUUUCACUGCAUCCCAACAGUACUUCAGCACAAGACAAGAGUACAAUUAAAAACUUGUGAGGUUUUGUUUUUUUGUGUUCUAUUAUGUGCAUAAACCAAAAUAAACACUGGAUUUUCUCUAACUAUA